AAAGAUCAUUCGCCAAUGUUCUCCGAGAGAUGAUUGUUCGCCCGCCUCCCAAUCCGAACUGGAACAUUUUGGCGGCGUUGAAGAAGAUGGCGGAAAAUUUAAACGGGUGCCGUGUGCUGUGCAAAUCCACCUUGAAUCACCUACAGUAUUUGUGUCGACAAGAACGGGUUGAGUGUCCACAACUGGGUGUUACCAGAAAGAACCUUAAUGAUUUUGAGGUGGAGUAUCUCUGCGACUAUAAAAAGAAGGGGGAACAGGAAUAUUAUCUUGUGAAGUGGAAACAGUUUCCUGAUUCUGAGAACACAUGGGAACCUCGCAAAAACCUUCGAUGUUUGAAGAUCUUGAAGCAGUUCCACAAAGACUUGGAUCAGGAACUGAAGAGGCUUAAACUUAGACGCAACGUGAAGAAACUGGACCACGGCUUGUCUCAUUUCUUAGUACAGAAGGCCAAGCAGAGAAAACUGCUGCAGCAGUGGGAAGCUCAUUUGAAUGCCACACGAGAGCAUAAGGGCAGAAUCUUGGUUAGUAAUGAAGUGGAUCUUGAUGGUCCACCUAAAGACUUUACCUACAUUAACAAUUACAAAGUGGGUGAUGGCAUUAUUCUGACUGAGGUGGCCAUUGGAUGUGAGUGCAAAGAUUGUCUUCAUGACCCUUUAAGUGGUUGUUGCCCUGGAGCAUCCCUCAAUAAGUUUGCCUACAAUGAUAAAGGCCAGGUUAAGAUUAAAGCUGGCUUGCCCAUCUAUGAAUGCAAUUCUCGUUGCAACUGCGGACCUGAAUGCCCUAACAGAGUUGUGCAGAAAGGCAUACAGUAUGACAUGUGCAUUUUCAAGACGGAGAAUGGCCGUGGCUGGGGAGUACGCACCAUGGAAAAGAUUAAAAAAAACAGCUUUGUUAUGGAGUAUGUUGGAGAGAUUAUAACAUCUGAAGAGGCAGAAAGAAGAGGGCAUAUAUAUGACAAGCAAGGUGCUACAUAUCUGUUUGACCUGGACUAUAUAGAAGAUGUAUACACAGUGGAUGCAGCACAUUAUGGCAACAUCUCUCAUUUUGUGAAUCAUAGUUGCAACCCCAACCUACAAGUUUACAAUGUUUUCAUCAAUAAUCUGGAUGAACGGCUUCCGCGUAUUGCAUUUUUUGCCACACGAACAAUCAAAGCUGGUGAAGAACUAACAUUUGACUACAAAAUGCAAAUUGACCCAGUGGAUGCAGAAAGUACACGAAUGGAUUCAAAUUUUAGCCUGGCAGGAAUGACAGGCUCUCCAAAGAAGCGACUUCGAGUGGAGUGCAAAUGUGGUGUUGAAUCUUGUAGGAAGUAUUUGUUUUAAAAUUUUUGCAAGUGUGUACAUAUAUAUACAUAUAUAUAUUCAAAUUUUUAUUUUAAUGAAUGGGUUGGGGUGGAUGAAGCUAUGAUAGCUACAUUGAAUCGAACAGCUCAUUAGAUGUUUUGGCUUUGCAUCCAGGCCUUUUAUUACAGUUGUUGAAUUAUGCUAAAAAAAAA